AUGGACGAAACUUCUUCCCAGCAAUCACAGAUUCAGACACAAACAACGUCCGAAUCGGACACCGAUACGUUACAAUACUGGUGCUACCAAUGCAACAAGCAAGUGGCCGUCGAAACCCUAGCCGAUCUCCCUGACGUCAUCUGCUACGAGUGCAAGAACGGCUUCGUUGAGUCUAUCGGUACUUCAAAUCCUCCUCCUUUAGCCCCAAAUCUCCGAGCCUCCGAUCAGAUCGACGAACCCUCUUUCGGCAACCAGUUCCUCCAAGUCCUCCGCCUCAUCGCUCAGGUCGCACGUGAAGAUGACUCGCCACCUCCACCUCCCUCAGAACACGCAGAUCCAUCUGAUGAUGACUAUCUUCGUAUCGAAUUCGGUGGGUGGGAUAACAACGACGACGAUGACGAUGAAACCGAGGUCGAAGUCCGACAUGUAGAUGAACAAGGAGGUGAUGAUCACAAUCAAGCUCGAUCCGAUGUUGAUGAGAAUGAAAGUCAUGAAGAACAUGACAAUCAUGAGGAGAGAGACGAAAACGAAAUUCGGAGAAGGCGACGCGAUGUGCUUAGGCUAAGGCUCAGGGACUUUGCGGCUCGAGCGGCGCGUAACCAGGUUAUUGAUUGGGCGGAGAUGCUGAUGGGACCGGAGGACCACUCCAUUGAAUUGCGAUUACAAGUUCCUGAAAUGGAUGAUUACAUAGGGAAUCCAGGGGAUUACGUAGACGCAGCUGGAUACGAGGAGUUGUUGCAGAACUUAGCUGAUACUGAUAACGGAAGAAGAGGGUCACCGCCGGCUGCAAAAUCAGCUGUGUCCGCGUUAGAGUCGGUAGAAAUUAAAGUUGAAGAGGAGGCUUUCGUUUGUGCCAUAUGUAAAGAUUCGGUGAGUGUUGGGGAGGUACCUAAGAAAUUGCCAUGUGGGCAUGUAUACCAUGGGGAUUGUAUUGUGCUGUGGUUAGGUUCGAGGAAUUCUUGCCCAGUGUGUAGGUUUGAGCUGCCCACGGAUGAUCCGGAGUAUGAAGAGGAGAGGAAGAAGAGGUCAAUGACCACUCCAAGCAGUGCUGCUUCGAGUUCCGGUGGUUAUAAUUAUGGGUUUGAUUGAUUUUUUUUUGUGGGCUGCAGCGAUCCUUGAUGGGAUCACUCUUCGCUGUUUCUGCAUCCUACUUGAAGGAGGGAGGGGGAAAUAUGCUGAAGAGAGAGACUACUAUCUUGUGCACAUUUCUCUUACAAUCCAGCUACAGCUUGGGCUUGGUUGAGUUUCAAUUAGUAGCAUAUGACUAGAAACUCUGCCAGCCGAGGGUUUUUACAUGGAUCCCAUGACGCAUUACCGAUGCUUAGUUCCCUGAAGAAUGUUAUAUUCUUGGUAUUAAUUUAUAAUCUAUUUUCUUUGAAUCUUUCCCUUGCUUCUCAGUAUUGGGAUCUUAUGCCUCAUGGCUGAUGCUAAUUGA